CUGAGAGGUCAGAGGACGAAUGGCCCAAUAGGCAGUGAAUCUGCUGCACGUAUUGUGGAAAUGCAAGAGGCUUGUGAAAGAAUGAAAAUAGAGCUGACAAGUAGUCUCAAGCAGGUGCAAGAACUUAGCGCAAGAAAUGCGGAUCUGGAUGCUCAGCUAUCCACUUCUCAGAAGGAUAUGCAUGCAUAUCAGGAGCAACUGUCAAAGUUGAGAAACCAAUUGCAUGAAAAGUGGGAUCUUGCGUUCGCGAGUAAGGCAGUCUCCUUUAUCCUUUCUCAGACUGAGGCUCAGCGAAGUGAUCAAGAAACUCGAAUCUCAACGCUUGAGAGCCGCUUCUUGGCAAUCCAAAGAGAAGCAACGUGCAUACGGGAUCUUAACGAUAAGCUGGAACACCAGCUGGCUAACAAAGAUGCGGCUGUUCGACUGAACGAAGAGAAAGUGCGAUCAUUACAAGAGCGACUGGAACUGGCGGAGAAGCAGCUUGCCCAAAGCCUCAAAAAAGUCGAAUCACUUCCAUCUGUUGAGGCCGAAUUGCAACAACGAAUGGAAGCAGUGGCUACGGAAAAUCAUCGGGAAGCAAUAAUCACCCAAUAUUAUUGCGUCGUGGUAUCCAUUAUAUAUAUACCAGUCGGGCCGCCCAGUUAG